CGUCGCCUUCCAGUCGCUAGUCGAUCUCACAGCCGUGUAUCAGUAGGAGCGGCAGUGUGUGUUUCCCGCCGGAUUUGUACCUUAAUCUACCCAUCCUUAGGCCACGAACAGUCGCAGCGUGCUGAGUGGAGGUGCACUUUUCGGCAACUUUCGGAGCCCUGACUCCGAAAGGAAUUCCCUUUCGACAUCAACUCUUUCGUACAACAACCAGAGACAGAAAAAAUGCCAGGAAAACAGGCUGAUAUUCCUUCCAUGUUUGACAAGAUGAACAGGAAAAGAAAACUGUCUACGAAAGAGGUGAGUCUACUUUUAAUUCCAUCUUCACCUCCGUCGGCUGCCGCUAAACGCCGGCACAGCGAUAGGGGGUUGAAAAGUCCAGAAAGGGAGUUGAAAAGUCCAGAACCGAAACCUAGUCCAAGAAGAAGUCUGCGCAACAGAUCCAUGGUUGAGAUCCGUGGUCUAUUAGAUGAACAAAAAAUUAGUCCGCUGCCGAAGUUUUCAUGGGGCGAUCACCAGACAGUGUGGUGGAACUCUAUGUUGGUGCCCGACCUGAAAAACAAGGAAGAGCGUGGCUCACAGAUUUUCGAAAAGAACCCGGAGAUUCUGCCCAAGAUGCGUUCCAUACUGCUCGACUGGCUGAUCGAGGUGGCGGCGGUCUACAAGCUUCGUCGCGAGACCUACUACCUCGCGCAGGACUACGUUGACAGAGUUCUUUAUCUUUCAGGAGAUCUCCCAAAAAAUGAACUUCAACUUCUAGGAAUAACUUGUAUGUUCAUCGCUUGUAAGGCGAAUGAAAUUUAUCCGCCGAAUGUGAGUGAUCUGGCCUACGUGACUGACGGUGCGUGCACUGAAGAGGCCAUCAUCGACCACGAGUCACACGUUCUCAGGAUUUUAGACUGGAAAGUGUUCAUUUUCACGCCUACCGACUGGUUGAGUCUGUUUCUGCAGAACUCGUGUCGGCUGGCAGCUCCGGAAUCUAGGCACAAGUUCGAGAUGCCGCACUUUCCACCGGCGGCGCUAGCGAUGGUUGCGACCUUGCUAGACCUGGCCACUCUUGACGGCGGCUGCCUCAAUUACUCGUACUCUGUGUUGGCCGCGACCGCGUUCACAUUAGUGUACGGCCGAAACUUAACCUUGGAGAUCACUGGCUUGAAUUGGUCUGACCUGACCGAGUGCGCCUUGUGGAUGGCUAAGUUCGCGGUCGCGCUGCACGUCAAGGGCCUCGUGCCCGUAGUCGGCACGUCUCGCUACUUGAGCGAAUUGCCCGCCCCGCCCGCUCCGCCCGUGCUCGCUUUCACCACCGCUCCUCAGGACAACAAAGACCCGGAUCUCCUCCAGGCCCACAGAACCACCAUGGAUCUGCUGAACUUGGCGCAACAGAUUGAUAUCCACGCCUUGAAUGCCAUGAUUGAUAUGGAUUGGGCAAAGGAUGCGCCCAAGCUGCUAGAAGCAUCGCCAGAGAAGGUGCUGAAACUCACGAAGACUCCCAUUGGCAAACAACUCGAGAAGACACCCAUGGGCAAACACCUCGAGGAGACUGCGUGCCUGGAGAUGGCUCCUAUGAAGAGUGUGGCCGUGAAGAGCACCGCGUCUCCGAGCUUCAAUCCAAAGGAAUUGUUCCAGUCUGAAGACGGACCAAAGUAAUCGACUGAGCUACUGACCAGGAUAAACCUUUUAAUAAAAUAUUGGUUUCCUUACUUUAAUCAACCCAGACAAAUGUAAAUGUAAAUGUGAUCGCACUGAUUUUGAGGUUUUUAAGAGUUUGAUGUGUUUAUUUGCUUCAAAUGUCGUGUACAGUGAUCGUAAGAAUGAUAUUUGUAUGAAGAAUACAGUUUUAAAUGCUUCCUGUACCGAGGGAUACAAAAAUGAACGUCACCGGUGGGGACUGAAUUUUUAGCCUCUUGUGUUUGAAUAAAUGAUCACACUGAUGAAACCAAAAUUUGUACGAGACUUUGUAUCAAAUUCUCUGUAAAAUAUUACAUAUCCAGAUAUAUCGUGUUUUUAUGUGUUGCUUUAUGAUACGUCUUAACGUGGCUACGCUAAACUCAUUUAACUUUCCAGGUUAACCCUUAUAUUCAAACGAGUUUCGCGCAUUUCAAUUGUAAAUUCGGUAAAUUUCAUGUGAUGUGACUCGCUUUGUAAGAGGAAAUAAAAUAAUAAAUUCC